AUGGCGACACCUUCAGCAAUUCCCACAAACUCAAAACGCGACACCACCGCUCAGUUUCACAGAGUCACGAGAGGAAACCGGAGCCUCUGGUACCAGCUGACUGUCCUGCAACAACCAGAGCGAGCCCGAGCAUGCGGUUCUGGUAUGAAAGCUAACAGCGACCGCCGACCCGUUGACCCUCCGCCUGUUGUCGAGCUACGAAUUGUUGAAGGCCCCACUCUUGAAGAGGGCAAGGAUGUAACAUUUGAUUAUAACGCCAACUUCUUUCUCUAUGCCAGUCUCGAGCAUGCUCGCCCAAUAGCCUCUUGCCGUGUUUCAACGCCCACCACCAACAACCCGCCUAUUCUUACUGGUGUUCCCGCCUCGGGCAUGGCCUAUCUUGACCGACCAUCCGAAGCCGGCUACUUUAUCUUCCCCGAUCUUUCUGUGCGCCAUGAGGGCCUCUACCGUCUGACUUUCAGCUUAUUCGAGACUACCAAGGAGGAGCAGGAUUUCGACAUUCAGCCUGCCGAUGGCGAUCUUCCACCUGGCGUGGACUUCCGAAUGGAGAUUAAGACCGACCCAUUCUCAGUUUUCAGCGCCAAGAAGUUCCCCGGUCUCAUGGAGAGCACGCAGCUCAGCAAGACAGUCGCUGACCAGGGCUGCCGAGUUCGAAUUCGUCGUGAUGUUCGCAUGAGGAAGCGCGACACCAAGUCAGGUGGCAACAACAAUAACAACAACAACGCUGGUAACAAUGCUGGAAACAACGGCUUUGAGCGUCGCGAGGAAGAUUUCGGUCGUAGAAGGACUUCCACCAGCACCUACGUUCCACCCUCACCUUCGGUCUACUCCACGGAGGGCCACUACCGUCGAGACUCGCAAGCGUCAUACCCUCCCACGCCUGCUGCUGCUCCUCUUCCUCGCAUGAACACUGAGCCAUCUCGCGGAUCUAUCAAGAUUUCUGCUCUAGUCGAGCCCAUGCCAGUCAUUGAGCCUCAGGUCGACCCUCUCCCUGAACUUCCCCCCGUCAAUGUUGGCGGUAAGCGCAAACACGAGAGCGUCUUUGCCCAAAACACCAGGCCACUUUUCAACGGUCAAAGACAAAUGGACCCUCACUACGGCCGGUCUCACCGUGGUUACAGUCCCGACCACGACCAAGGCUCUUACUCUCGAGCUGAUGGUCAGAUCAGCGUUAUUCAAUUCAACAAAUACGAGUAUUAAACAUCGACAUUCUUACUUCUUGACUAGAAAGACAUACCGGCGUUAGAAUGUUGUGUAUUCCUAUCUACAGGAGGAGGACGGUAAGAUGAUGGAAGAUACAUGAGCGACAAUGUUUAGGAGUUCAGGCGCAAUUCAUGUGGAUCAAGUCAUGGAAAUGAACAGUUAACUUGGCACCGGAUUUUUGGUUAUUUUGGACAUCAAAGAUAUUUUGCAUCGUCAUUCAUGUUAGAUCACAGAAAGGCUUUUGGUUCCUAUGAUCACAAAAAUGACAUUCACAUACGAUAUGUUUUUUCUUUCUUUCUCUAUUUUGUCUACAGGCCCAGCCUACUAGGAGCAAAUCGACUCAUCGAUCCUUUCAUUUAUGUUAAUCUCAUAACUAUUGUUCUGGGCGUUACUCUUGCUCAAUAAGAUAUUAUGCUAUUAGCCUAAGACAGUUUGCUUUGUGAGAUGGAUCUCGUGACUAGGAUAAACUCGAUACGAGUCUUGGUCUAGGAUCAAGGGUAAAGCCAUGGCAGACUCUGUUACUCGAGCCAUGUUGCCGGGUCAGUUGAAAUUCAUUCGAAAUCUGACUGUUGAUCUGCUUUUCUAUCUACAGAACUCAUCAAUAUA